GCGGCGAUCGCCGGUGCGCUGUGUCCCUCGGACACAGCAGAUCACGGAAAGAGCUGAAGAUGUCGGCUUGGUCAUGUGAUCAGCUGUGUCCAAUCACAGCUGAUCACAUGGCACUGAUGAUCAGUGUGGCCCCAGAAGUGGCACCUGUCAGUGCCAGCAGUCAGUGCCACAUCAAUGCCACAUAUCAGUGCCCAUCUGAGCUGCCUUUCAAUAUCACCCAUCAGUGCCAGUCAGUGCCACCUAUCAAUGCCAUAUAUCAGUGUCAUGCAUCAGUGCUGCCUUUCAGUGCCCAUCAGUGAUGCCUGUCAAUGCCCAUCAUUGCCUACCUACCAGUGCCACCUAUCAGUGCCCAUCACUGCAGCCUCAUUAGCGCACAUCAGUGA